AUGGCUCCUCGUUGCAACUCCACAUUUGCUUGUCGAGCAAUUCGAGAGGCUGGUGCCGUCAUAACCCGCCCCGUCCUGGACCUUCGCACUUCGUCAUUUUUGCGACAAAUCGACCCGGGAUCGAUCGAGACAAAGGGGACCGUCCGAACUCAUCCACAACAAUGGUUCUAACACCGCCACCCUUGCCAAUGCGCUUCCCGUGUUGGGUGCGCGCAGUGUACUCGUGGGGAGGAGAGUCUAAACGUGAUCUCGGCUUCAUUGAAGGCGAUCUGAUUGAGUGUCUCAACGCAGGUGACGGCUCAUGGUGGACUGGAAGGCUAUUUCGUGACAAGCGAGCAGUGGGCGUGUUUCCGUCAAACUUCGUCGAGGUAUUGCCGGACACCUUCCGUCCCACGACUAGAUCCGUCAGCCCACUGCCCAACAGCAACACACCCAGCCCCAGGGGCACUCCCCAAAAAUCGAGGACCUUCCGCAAACCCUUCGAGGCAUACGCCAAGGCGCCGCACUACACAACAGCCAAGACACCCGAGACCUGGAAGGAUGGCAUCCGGCCACGCGAUGCAGCAGAGGCGUUGAGGGACGGAGCAGCUCGAUCUCGCGACAACUCGAGGAAUUCAGUUGAUCUCACGAGCGUAGCUCCUGCUGCCAGUUUCAAAGGGGGUCGCUCUCCCUCACGGGCCCCCACCCAUAUUGGGCGAGACCCCUCUCCAGCUCCAGCCAGAGCACCCAGCCAUAUCGCGCAGGAUCAUUCCCCAUCACGAUCUCCUAGCCAUGUUGCUCGAGACUACUCUCCUGGAAGAACUCCGAGUUAUAUCGGACGGGAGCCAUCACCACAGGUCCCGAUUCAUGCUAAUCGGGAUCCCUCUCCUGCUCCGGUUCCCGGCUACGUGAACCGGGAUCCCUCUCCUGCUCGGGCUUCUACCUACGUCAACCGGGAUCCCUCUCCUGCUCGGGCUUCCACCUACAUUAACCGGGAUCCCUCCCCUUCCAGGGCUCCCACCUACGUCAACCGGGAUCCCUCCCCUUCCCGGGCUCCCAGUUACGUUAACCGAGACCCUUCUCCUUCCCCAGCGGCCGGCUACGGUAGCCGGGAUCCCUCUCCUCACCGGGCGCCUAGCUACGUCGGUCGAGAUCCUUCCCCUUCACGAGCUCCUAGUUUUGGCUCCAGGGGGCCUUCCCCUACCCCGUCAUACAUACCUUACCGGCCGCCACAAACUCGCCAGCACGCUUACCAUCUCAGCCUGGACCAGGUAGAGCCCCACCGGCCUGCCAUACAAGGAGGUGAUUCCCCUCCACCACCACCACCUCCGCCGCACCGCUCGAAGCUGGCGAAGCAUGGGACUCAUGCGUCAUACGACGAGGGCUACUAUGGAGGCCUCUCGAAGGAACCGUCCGCACUAUCUAGGGAGCACUCCAAUGCGUCGUAUUACAGGCCGCGACAGGAUUCGAAUGCAUCAUACGAGCCCCCAGUUACGGCUACGGGGUAUCAUACCCCCAGGAUGCCAUCCCCGUGCCCCCCUUCGCCCGGCGGUUUAACCCCAUCUCCGUUGAGAGAGGCGAUGGACGACGUGAUGGAGCAACUUGAUGCGCUAGGGGCUGGUCGAGAGGCCGAAUCCCCUGGACCACCACCGGCGUUGGACCCUUGGUCCCCAGAGUCUUUCGACAUGGUACACCACCUUUCGAGAAAGAAGAAAGACCCGCAACAGCGCCCAAUAUCCACAGCCGGAAUUCCGAUGCUUCCCACAGACGAAGGAUACGAGACAUACAGCGGAAGUGCGGAAUCUUCUCAAGAACCCACUCCUCAAGACGCCCACCAACAACCGCUCCCUCAGCUCAGCAACUAUGUCGAACGGAUGGAGUCGCGGUUGAAGACCAUGCAUCAACAAAAUUCUAGCACGCUUGACGUGGAGGACGAGCCACCCCCUCCACCCCCCAAGCGCGGUCAUCUGUUCGACCGUCCCAAGUCCACGAUAGACAUAGACGCACAGCCGGAGCAGAAGCUCCGGAAUAAGAAGUCGGCUUACGAGAUCAGCCGGCAGGUCCUCAAUAGGACCUUUACCACCAAAACAAACUCGACAAAUAGCUCGUCAGCCACACAAAACACUGAUCGUAGUUUGAUGAGCGGCGUGUCGGCCGGAGGGAUAAGCGCCACAAGCGCCGGGAGCCUCGCGAGGAAGAACCGGAGCAGGGCUCAGAGUGCGCUUGCCAUGCGGGACCUCGAUUCGGACCGGCCCGGCACGCCCUUCACCGGAGUCACAUACCACAGCAGCCAUGCAUCGGGCGACUCGCGGUCCAAAUCACAAAUGGGCCUGCACGAUGACCCCAUGGCCGCGGUGGGUGGCCUUGUUUCUCCGAAGCCCAAAAAACAAAACUUUAUCAAGCGUAUCCUCGAGUCUGCCAAGACUGGCGUUGCGAGCACCAGGGGAAGCAUCGCAACUGCGAGCUCUGCCCAGACGCCUUCGGGUCGAUCAACGCCCUCCCUUCCCACUCUCUCCGGGCCCCUGUUUAGCAGACCGGGGCGAGAUUCGGGCAGAGAGAUGGGGCUCGGCGGCGGUGUGGAUUGGGUCCAGGUGCGGCGCGAUGUCAAUCGAUCCAAUUCGCUGAGCCAGAACGAGCUCUUGGAGAGAAGAGAGAGGUGCCAAAUGCUGGAUUACCCUGCAUUAGACCCGGUGGAUGAGCUAUACAGCAGCAUUGACGGGGAUGAGGGAGUCGACGGAAUGCCGGUGGCCGAGCCAGUAAACUACAGCGCCAUCAACCUGAGCCAGGUUGACAAGAACUCGCGAUUCUUGGCAAACCUCCCUCCGACCACUACACCGAUUACGCUGGCGACGACGUACGUCUGCCGGCCCUACCGUAGUGACGUCCAACGCCUGCGGUCCAUAUUCACCUGGGUGUCCGAAAAGAUCUCAUGGGAAGAGGACUUUGACGGCCCCAUUGACACGCGGCGGGUGAUACAGACGAAGCGUGCGUCUGCCGAGGAGUAUGCAACUCUCGUGUUGGAGAUGUGCGCAGCGGUCGGAUUGGGCUGCGAGAUUGUCCGCGGGUACCUGAAAUCUCCGGGGGAGAUCUCAGAUGUCAACAUCAUGCCCCGGUCCAACCACUGGUGGAACGCGGUGCUAGUCGAUAACGAAUGGCGGUUUAUGGACUGUUGCCUUGCUAGCCCUUCCAACCCGCGCCGUAUCCUCUACUCGAGCUACAACAGCUCGUCCGCCGACCCGUGGUGGUUCCUAGCGCGCCCCGUCGAGAUGUGCUGGACGCAUAUCCCCGAGCACCACGAGCAACAGCACAUCUGCCCGCCCGUGGCCCAUGAUGUUCUCCUCAACCUGCCCUGCGCCUGCCCGCCAUACUUCAACAACGAGCUGGAGAUGAUCGAUUACAACACCUCGCUCACUCGGAUCGAGGAUCUCGAGAUGGUGCACAUCAAGUUCAGCGUCCCGGCCGACGUCGAGGUAGCAGCUGAAGUCGAAGUGCGCAGUUUCUCGCGUGACGCGGACGGCGACUGCUUCGAGUCGGGCGAGACAGUCAAGAAGCGGGCGCUGGCGCAGGCGGAAUGGUUCAACGGAACCAAACGCUACACCAUCAAGGCCCUGCUCCCGGGUGAUGAGGGUACCGGCACGCUCAAGGUGUACGCCGGUAAGCGCGGGCUCAUGCACAGCAUCAAAGACAUCCCGCACCCGCUCGCGUUCGCCCUGCCCAUCAUCCACACGGGCGAGAACCCGCCGUACGAGUUCGUCACCCGCCACCCGACCCCCCACGCCCAGCGCCACGACAUCUACGUCGUCCAGCCCCAGUGCCAGCGCCUCGCGCUGAACAACACGUUCGUGUUUGCCAUCCGCCAGCACCCCAGCUCCCUGGGCAGCGCAUCCGCCUCGGCCGUCUCCCCGAUGACGCCGUCCUCCAACCCGGGCAACGCGAGCCCGAUCCCGUUCAUCCGGCCCGGCUCCGCCCUGAGCAUGACCAGCUCCAGCGCGGCGGGCUCCAACCCGAGCACCGUCAGCGGCGGGAGCGGCUCCUCGUCGUCGAAGAAGCCCGCCAAGCUCGCCAUCCAGACCCCCGGCGGCAAGAUCCUCCGCCUCAUGCGCAAGGAGGAACGGCGCGGCAUCGGCGGCGUCUUGGGCGGCGGCAGGGGCCCGGCGUCGCCCGCCGCGUCGGGACCGUUGCUGGGUGACGAUGAUGCUCCCGGUGACGGCGGGGUGUGGGAGACUAUUAUCAAGUGCUCGGAGCGUGGCGUCUGGCGCGGUUUGGUGCUUGCUGAUCGCACGGCGAGGUGGUGCGUUUUUGCGGAGUGGGUUUGUGAGGGCUAGUACUUUUGUACCUGAUGGCGCUUUUGAGAUGAGAUAUGCGGUUGGGAGGGUUUGGUUGGGGGUGGGUUCAUUUGUUGAUUAUGUUUGAUGAUGGGAAGAUCUGAAUGGCGGUGGGAUGGCUUGUUUAUAUUUUCUAUUCUCUGUGUGUGUGUGUGGAUAUGGCUGGACCUUUCCCCUCGGGUUGGCAAAGGGUUUCGGCGUAUGUACGGAUAGGGAUG